AUUAUUGUCGGUCUUCUUCAAAUCACCCGAGUUAUGCACAACUUCAACAGUGUAUUCGGGCCCGAGUGUGUUUAUUGAAAAGUUUGUUGACUUGAGCCGAGGAAUGGGGUCCAUAUAUCAGCUAAGGUUGCCUUCGAAUAUUCUCAAAGUUUGAUGAGUAAGAGUGAACCGAGAUUAUACAGGCCAAGUCCAGAUCAGGUUAAUCAAGAACGCCAUGUAUAGACAGACCCGCGGAAAGUCGUAACAGCGAAAUUAAAGAAAGCGAACGAGAAGAUAAUAUUUCCUGCUCGUGUUUGCGUGUAUACGUGGUAGCAUGAUAAUGUCAUAUAAUUAUUGUCUCGAAUGACAAUUUUCACCAAGAAAUAUGAAUAUCUCCUUACAGUUUACGUGUUACCAGCGCCGACACUCAUGUCUCUAAAAAUACAGGAUGGCAACAACAGUAUUGGACGAUGUCAACGGAACGUCCGUCUACGAAGAAAGCACAUAUGUCCCCGUCGACGUACCAAACCUUCCGCGGUGUAGGUGGCCUGCUCCACAUCCAGAUUGGACCGUAGCCUUCGCAGUAUGGGGAAACUCCUGGUUAGCUCAUAUCAUCAUCUUUGUCAUCGCCUAUGCCAUUCUUGCCAUAUACAGUGGUUCCGUCCUAUGCUACCUUGUUUGGAAGCGUUGUAGCGCCGAACGUGGAGCCCACGAUGGGGUUCUUACAAAACGGUUGAUUAACCUCCGAAUAGCCCUUCAUUCUCUGGUGUUCGUUGCCUGCUCCGCCAGAACAAUGUCCCUGGGGAUCGACCCAUACGGAACGAGGAGGAUUCUUAAAUGCCCAAGUGGCGUGGUUCUUUGGUCUUUGGGAUGGCCCUCCCUGGUGGCGUCCUUCAGUAUCCUGCUUCUGCUCCUCCUGGAAACGACCCGACUGUCUCUGGCUCCUCCUCGAAUCCAACGCCCCUCUGUCCUUGCGAGCAUCAUAGCUGUCAGCCUGGGUUAUGUCCUCUUUUCCGACUUCCUAGUGGCUUACGACAACUCCACCAAGUACGCGGUGACAGUGUGUCAACUGCUCUUCAUCCUUUGGGGUAUAUUGCUCUUCUUCGGGUUCAUCUUCGUCUGGUGGAAGAUCCACAGCAACCUCAUGGCUAGUUCUCGAGGUCAGACUCAAACAUCGUCCAACCGAGACAGCAGUGACAAUUCUAAAAUGCGCAAGUUGAACACCAUCAUCUUCGUGAGUGCAGCGAUUGGUAUCUGUCUCACGGUUACCAACCUCUACUGGGUGUCCUCAACCCUUGAUAAGUCUUAUCGACCUGAAGCACUUAAACCAUGGUCCUGGUUAGCGUUCAGUACAUGUCAAAGAUUCUUGGAAAUCGGUAUCUCCAUCAUGAUCCUCUUGACAGUGUCAAAGAGCAGAGAGAACAGUAAGGUUGACGAUACUGGAAAGUCUGGCAACACCAUCCCUACUGCGACAGCAUAGGUUUCAUUUAAGAUUUAUUUAUUAUUUUUAUCUUAUAGUCAUACUUUGAAUGAACUUUGCUCGGCAAUCAUUUAGGAAUCGUCUUGCUUUCAUUUCUUGUAUAGUGUGUUGUUAAUUUCGCUUCAGAUUUAUAAAUGUACAUAUUUACUCGAUACCACUCUAUUCUCAUUCUAAAGCUAGCUUCUUACAUAUGAAUUAUCUGUCAAUUUAAGUAAAUUGAAAAGAUACAUUUGUACAUAAUUGUGUUUAUUUAUUUACAUUUCACAAAAUCUUCACAACGAGCUCUUUCUUAGAGAUUAUCAGUGUUUAUUUUACAUUUUGUUGAAUUUUGGAGUAUAGAAUGAGAUAGAUCAUUCUGAUAUCCAGAUAUCAGUGAAUAUGACAUUAAAAUAUUAUAAGAAUAAUAGCUCAGAUUUCUGGUAGUAGGUAAAGGGGGUGACAAAUACCGUCUUAAAUUAAUAGUCUAAUAACUCUCAACUAUUCAUUCCACUUCAAUCAGUUUUGCGUAACUUGCCAGUUUAAAUUAUUUGCUAUCUCAUAGCUGUUUAAUUCUUAUUUAACUUCACUCAACUGUAUAACUGUGGUACUUUUUUUAAAGAUUCUUUUAAAAUCAAUUGCUUGUAUUCCAGCAGCUUUUUUUUACAUCUUGUAUGGAUCUGCAUGGUAUUUUUCACGAAUAAAUCUUGAAUGCGAUGAAAUUACUAAUUUCAAGGGUUUGUAAUAAAUCCAUAUCGGCUGUUCAUGGGUAACCAGCCGAACAUUUGAUUUAUAUUUUAAUUCUAGAAAUUUCGAAUAUAUAUAGGGAACUUCUGGAGAAGGAUCUGCUACCCAUUACACAAACACGACAAAGCUUCUCGAUUGAUUUUAAGUAUUGCCGACUUUCACCACCCUUGGUUCAUCAUGUGCAAGCAGUCUUACAAAUCAAUUUUAUCAUGCUACCAAUCAAUAACUCAUCAUUGUGUAACUAGGUCCCGAUUAGUUCAAACAUCUUUUCUGGAAAUAUCUGAUGUAUUCUGGAUUAAAGGUUGGUCUUGUUUGAUGGAAGCAUUCCGCACCGGCCUUGUCACAGGCACACAUUGCCAUGGCACAGUCGGUGUAGGGGUAAUCCGGAUCGUAGCUGCUUUCUCCCACUGUAGAUCAAAAUAAAAGAAUGAUACUUAUUAACCCUUUGACAUGUUUGAUGACAUGUCGGGGGAGGUGGCACCAGGGUAUUUGGGUAAGGAGGGGGGGGGGGCGACCUAUCAAUUGAAUUACCGGGCUAAUACUGAACGACCUACCUCAAUUUCAUACUAUUCUUCAUGCUCUAAUCCGUUUUCACCCUUUUCCAUGUACCUGAAAAAUCAUGGGGAGUGGCGCCCCGGUGACAGGGGAUAGGGUCACCAAGGUCCAAUUUGCUCUCAGGAACUUUAAAUAAAUUUCUCUGGCAAUUUUUCUCUUAACCAAUAGAAUACGACGAUUUCAUUAGCUUGUAACAGUUACCAUGUCUCAUUACUGAUAUAGGCUUAAUAGAAAGAUUAGUGAAACGGGUCACGUUUGGUUUUGCGUUUAUACAUGUAUGAAAUAAUGAAAUUCACAACUGAGAAUUAAACCUUAAUCAAUCUGCCAGCUGCAUUUGUGAUUUAAAUCAGUUUGCCAAACGUUAAACGGCACCUGGAAUUUGCGGGUGUAUCAAUAAUUUGGACGACGCUCUUUUGAUCUCGUUGAAAAGGUAUCUUCUGAUCUUGUUAAAUAUUUACUACAUCAUGUACAUCAAGCAAGUAUAGCGCAAACACCGAAUGAAUGAUAAUUUGGAUCUGCGCACAGGACGAGUUGGGUUCGAAUGGUUACAGUCACACCAACGAAAUCGACUUCAAACCGACCGAUUGUAUGUCAUUGGAAAUAAUGCAAUAGCUAUUGUCGGUCUGAAGACAGUUUGGCCUGACUGGGGCAUUCUACUUUGUUGGAAAGGUGGUAUAAGUUUUCUCACAGAUAAUAGUACAUACGUAUGAUUAAAGGUGUAUCACCCGUAAUUUUGCUAGAGAUAAUACACAUCAUCAUCAAGAUAACGAAACGGUUUUUAGUUAAGUGUUUAUCUAAUAAUCGUGCCAUACAAUUGCUUUCUGAGAGGUUAUUGUGUUGACUAUCAUGCUUAGCCGGAUGUUUCGUGAAUACAUGUGAUAUAUCGAAUUUAAAGAUGACAUUACUAAUACGAAAUGCAAUUUGUAACUUAUACUCAUUAGCGUACCUAGGGGGGGGGGGGGGGGGGGGGGCAGGGGGCAGACUGCCCCCUGACGAGUCACAACACAUGCAAGGGACAUAUCUCUGCCCCCCUGAUCCCUGACGAGCUAUGUGAAGACCUUUUUUUUGGAGGGGGGGCGGACGAAUUUGCCCCCCCCCCUUUGGAAAAUCAUAGGUACGCCACUGCUUACACUUCAACAUAAUCUUUGUCAUAAUACUUUCUGCAAUAUUCAAUGAAGGUCAGUAAAGGUUAUGGGUAUUAAGACCGUAAUUCUAACAUCAAUUAGCUUCAAUAAACCACUGGAAAACUUUUUUUAAUACAUGUAGAAAGCAUUUCAACACCUUUUGAUCAAUUUGUUCAUCUUUUAAAGUGCAUGUAAUCUUCAGACUUACGGAGAGAUACAUUUUCUGACUUACAAUUUAUUAAAAGGAAAUGUAGUCAUACAUGUUGCAUAAUGUCUCGCAAAUCUAACCAUGCCAACGGUCCCUAUUAUUGGACAGGAAAAGAGAGAAAAAUAUGAUAUUGGAUUACAUAAGAUAAUAUAUGCUUACAGCACAUGAUCUCGGAUCUAUAGGUCCCACACUGCAAGGCUUGGUAGUUAUAUGGGAUGAUGUAGGCGUGAUUGUAGCCUCGACACAUUCCACUGAACUGUACGGCAGUAUAGCAGUCAUCAUGGACCUGGCAACAUCUGAUUAAAAACAUAAUAUAUAAGUUUAUACACUCUUUUGUCUAGCUUGAUUUUGGACUCAUUUGUUUACUUCGUGCUUGACUUUAUAAAAUCGGUGAGUGCUGGGCAUGCUGGGGGUGGGGUGAUCUCACAAUAAAACAUGGAAUAUACAUGUAUAUCAUAGGGGAAUAAUCCCUGAAGGCUAUAACGGAACAACUGUUAAAUCCAAUUGUUAAUUGUAGAGCAUUGUGGCCCAGAGGAUAAGUCUUCUGACUUUGAAACAGAGGGUCGUGUGUUCGAACCCCGGCCAUGACGUGAUUUCCUUCAGCAAGAAAUUUAUCCACAUUGUGCUGCACUUGACCCAGGUGAUGUGAAUGGGUACCCGGCAUGAUUAAUUCCUCGAAUGUAUGAGCGCUGAAAGGCAGCUCGAGCUAAAGCCGGGGUAAUAAUGAUAAUAACAACGCGCCUCGGAAUAGAAUAUUUCUAGAUAGAUGGCGCUAUAUAAAUGCCUAUUAUUAUUAUUAAUCUGACCGUCCCAUCGCCGAUCUUAUAAAGUCAAACACCUAGUAAACCAAAUUAAGCUUGACAAAAAACAUGGUUUUAAUAUUUUAACACUUUUUUCGGUAAGUUUGCAAACAAUAACCUGUGAAGAUUAAUAUCAAAUUGUUGGUGAAUCAAUUCAAUAAAAAAUGUUUGCUGACACCUGUCUUUGUA